UUGGGGCUAACACAGCAUCCCACUCACCCAGAUGCUAAGCAGUUUGAUUGACUGAAUAAUAUUGAGUGAAUCACACAUGUCGGAUGGCUGUGGGAUAAGGAUUUUAUUUGAUCUUUUACACUCCAUUUUUUUUGACCUGUGAAAAACAGAGACUGACUUGUGAACUGGAGAUUUAGAAUUCAGAUUGGAAGGAGGGGAAAAAAUUCUUACCUCAUCUUUAUUGUCAGUGGUUGAAUGAUUCCCAAGAGAAUUAGGUGUUUGGUGAAAUAUUGGUUUUUGUGUACUUGAGUGAAAAAGAGAGAACCACUUGUGUUACUGUUAAUGGAUAUGGGAUUUUAACCUUAAUAUAUAAUGUUUGUAAAUAGUGGUUAAACAGGCAGUACAAGUUUUAUGAUGGGAAAAAGCAGUACUUUGGGCAAAAAGAAGAAGCUGAAAGCUGAGGCUCCUAUCCAGGAUGUGGAUAAGCUUCAGGCUGAGGUGGAGAAAGUUAACCGCUCCCUGGCGUACAUCAAAGCCGUGGUGCAGUACCAGAAGCCUCAGGUUAUCCCCAACACUGCCACAGUCAUCCUAGAGAAUGUUAUGGAUGUCUUCAAUCUGCUCAACAACUUCUUCAAUGCACAAGACAGUUCUGUGCUAGUGUCUAGGCAGAACAAAGUAUGCCAGUGCCUGGCUUGCUUUAUCCAAUGGGCUGAUGACAUUCUUUUACACGACAACAAGGAGGUGAAUAAAUCCACAGCUCUUGAUAUCAUUUCUGCCUUGUCGGCUGGUGUACAGGAGCUUAAAGAGGUGGGUGUGUCCAAACUACAGCACAGGAAGAAUGAUGUGGCAGAGCAGUUGUCCCCAGAUGCCUUCAAAAACCAUCCAGAAUGUAGCAAGCGAGCCUCACUCCCAGAUCUUCCACUGACACCCCGAGAGAAGGAGAUUCUGGAUAAGACAGGAGAGAUUGGUGUGUAUGAUAACCCCACCUUCCCUGCCUCUCGCUCUCAGGACAGUAUAUGUAGCUUACGGAGGGAUCAUCCUGAUCUUGGAGAGUUACCUCCCCCACCCAAACCCCCACUGCCAAAAGAUCCAGAAGUUGUCCGCAGACUUGUGUCCCAGCAUUCUCAACAAGAUAAUCUUGAUGGACCACCUCCUCUUCCCCAGAAAGAAAACAGAGAUUCCCUGACAAACUCCCUCCAUCGUUUGGGAAGCCAGUCAGAUGUGUGUCAGAGUCCAUCGAACAGAAACAGUGUCACCACGUCCAGUUUGACCUCCAGCCCAAGCCAGUCUCCACACAACAGCAUGGUCUUUUCAGGCAAUUCCCCUCAUAAUAGUCUCCUAGUGACAGGGUUCUCUCCUAACCAAUCACCACACACUAGUGUUUUAUUGACAAGUCACAAGACACCAGACCACUCCCCCAAUAGCAGUGUGAUUCUCCCCAGUAAUGUGUCAAGUGAACUUUCCACAAGUUUAGGGUUUAAUUCUUCAGAUUGUAUGUCACAUUUAGAUAAUUCAUCAGCUAGUGCUAGUAGUUUAGGGUCAGGAUUAAAUCAUUCUGCAGAUGAUUUACCUGAGACUGAAGCAAUGAGGACCAGUAGAGCAAACAGCUUCACAAAGACAAUGUCUGAAGGACGAUUAGAACAUUUCCAUGGCAUGAACAAAGGCAUCUCUGCUUCAGAUGGAACUGUCAACCAGAUAAACCAAUUAACUAUACAAAUAGAUCAACUAACCUCAGACAUAGCAUCCAUGACAAGGCGGAAUGGGGUCGAAAAUUUACAGCCCCCUCCCUUACCAAAUAAAAAAGUAAACAGACUACCAUCUCAGUAUGACAAUGUAGAUGGGCAAUGUGUGCAAUUUUCAAGUACCACUAGUUCUUAUCGUAAGACCAGUAGUGUGAUCAGUUCAACAGAACAUAGGACUUCUACUUCUUCAACUGGGAGUGGACAUUCAGGUUAUCAUAAGACGAGUUCCUUUGUACAGCAGACUAGCUCUCAGGAAUCGUAUUCCAGUUCUGAGACUUUCUCUAGUGCCAGUCACUCCAGUAUGGAGAGUUUACCUUUGAGACCACCCCCUCUUCCACCAAAGAAAAAACACAUACAAGACUACAUGCACUCUAUUGGAAACUACACCCAGCCUGAGGCUGUGCCUGAUUGUAACUACUCCAGGCACUCUAUCAACUUCUACGAGACUCAGUGGCACCAACACCAGAUGGAGCUUCACCACCAGAUGUACCCAAGAUCAAACACUUUCAGUGUCAUCUCCGACAUUAGUACCGAUUCCUCGUUCAGCAGCAGUGCCCCCACCAGUCCUGCUAUCCCACCCCUCCCAACCAAACGAAGGGACAGUGAAAAGCGAGCGAGUCUGUUGUCUAAUGUGUCUGCACAUUCAGACACAUCAAUGGAGUGUAACAGAGAGAAAGCCUGCAGUGUGGUAGAGGGACCAACUCAAACAAUCGAAGGAGAGCUGAAGCGAGCUUCUGCUCCCCCGGGCCAAGUAGUGAUGGAAACAAAAUCCCCUGGGUCACCCAAGGUUGACAUACCAAAGGAUUCUGAUUCGGACUUCGCUGAACUUAAUCCCCUGGAUGAUGUUGAUGUGUCUGAUCAACUCAUCAAAAAAUCUGAGGGGGAAGAAGGUCCCGAGAUCAGAGGGGGUUCUGUGGAUGCUCUUGUUGUCCAUGCAACAUCUGUGGGAAAACAAGGCUCAGUAGAAGAUUUGACUGAUGAGGAGUUCAUGUACCAGGAGGCUUUUCUGACCACCUACAGAACCUUCAUCUCUCCUCAUGAUCUCAUCGACAAACUGCUGUACCGCUUCCACAAAUUCCACCAUGCCAGUGAGAAAAAGAAGAAAGUUGCCAGGAACACUUUCUCACUUCUAAUCAGGGUCAUUGAUGAAUUAAGCCAAAAAGAGAUGAACCAGGCAACAACAGAGAAAAUGAUGAGUUUGGUUUUUGAACUCCUGUGUCAGGGUGAUCUUAUGCUAGCCAAGGUAUUGAGGAAGAAGGUCAUCGAGAAGUGCGAGAGCAAGAAAACGGCCCCUGACCCCUUCUCCUCCAUGACUUUCACUUCCUCUAUCACACUCAAGUCCAGUCCGUCAGAUUUUCUGUUUUACAAGUCACAUGACAUUGCGGAACAAAUGACCCUUUUAGAUGCAGAGCUCUUCCAAAAAAUAGAGAUUCAUGAAGUUUCACUAUGGGCCAGAGAACAGUCUGAGGAGCUUAGUCCUAAUCUUACAGAGUUCACAGAACACUUCAACAAAAUGUCUUACUGGUGUCGGACCCAGAUUCUGACACAUGAUGAAGCCAAAGACAGAGAAAAAUAUUUCUUCAAGUUCAUCAAAAUCAUGAAGCAUUUACGGAAGUUAAACAACUUCAACUCUUACCUUGCUAUUCUGUCAGCAGUGGAUUCAGCUCCAAUCAGACGACUAGAGUGGCCAAGGCAAAACUUAGAGGCAUUAAAAGAAUUCUGUCAGUUGAUUGACAGUUCAGGGUCAUUCAGAGCUUAUCGGCAGGCGCUGGCUGAAACAGAACCACCCUGUAUACCCUACAUUGGUCUGAUUCUACAAGACUUGACUUUUAUCAACAUUGGAAACCAAGACUUGCUGCCAGAUGGAAGCAUUAACUUUGCCAAAAGAUGGCAACAGUUUAACAUCUUAGACAAUAUGAGAAGAUUUAAGAAAUGCAACUACCAAAUAAAGAGGAAUGAGAAGCUGAUAAACUGUUUCAAUAGCUUUGAUGACUAUCUCAGUGAGGAAAGUUUAUGGCAGAUAUCAGAGAAAAUUAAACCACGUGGUGGCAACAAGAAACGGCUAGAAUUUGACAGCUAAGUGUGGUGGUGUUGUAGUGGUUCAUAGGUGGUGCUGUGAUCUGAAUUCUGCUGAUUUUCCAUCACAUUUCAUGAUGUGGUCAGAUUUACAAUGAAUUAAAAAGUGAUACUGUGUAUUUAUCAUACAGGGCCAUAAACAGAUGUCAUUGAAUAUUCACAUGCAUUAUCAAUUUUUGUGCGACUUUCAUACAAGUUGAGGUGUCUCCUAAAUGCCAUAGAAUUUACUUAAUACACUCUACAUCCAUAAUUUGUGUAUUCUUGAGAUGUUACGAAGGCUGUACAAGGUGUAAUUUAUUGUUAUUUUGCUAUGUUACUUAGAUUGUUAUUUUGACCAAUCCCAAGCCUCUGGGAUUACGUGUUACAGAUUAUUACGAUUGUUAUGUGUGAUAACUGAAUGAGAUCGAUUGGUUGUACAUGUAUAAUUAUUUAUUCCAAGAAUGUUUUCUUUAUGAAGAUUUGGUUGAUAGCAAAUUCCUUGGUACUAAUAUAUGCUUUCAAUUUGAAUAUUACAAAUGAUAAACACAGAUAAUGUUUCAUGUGUACUAUAAUUCUAAGCACUAUUUAGACAUGCAAAUUCAUGAAAAUUGAAUAUUUUCUGUAUUAACAUAAACUGAGAUAUUUCUUGACAGGGAACCAACAGUUGUAUGUGUAUUUGGUUAUAAUUGUGCCAAAUUUUGUCUCCAUUGUUUAUUGCAUGAGGAAUGAAACCCCCCUGAAGUUUUUUUUUAAAAUUUAAUUUAUACACAUUGUUUAUGUAUACAAGUGCUUUGAUAGUUACACCAUUUUAUAAAAGUUAUGUAAUUUAUUUCAAUUUUUAUAGAAAACUUGCUGUGAUUCAAUAGUUGCAAAAUUCUGUCCUCUGUAUAUCGUACAGUUGAUAUCGGGUAUUGCAGUGGACAAGUGUGCUAAAGACAGAUACAUGUAACUGUUACUUUAAAGAUUGUAAAUAGAACAUGCGUACAAGAAACAGUGCAUUGUUUUCUUUUUGGAAUGUCAGUAAGUCACUCAGUGUUUUGUAGUUCUACAGAAAUGCCAACCUAAGAUUACAUUAAUCAAUCAGCAGUAUUACUGUUAUACAGUUUAAGAUUCAUGGGAUAUUGCUUUUCUCUACAAUGGUCCAUGUAAUUCUAAAUGUAAUGGUAUUUUUUUUUCUUGUAGUACCACAGAAAGGAGAAAAUAAGUUCAGAAAUCUUAUGUUUACACUUCCAUGUUGUAGCUCACAGGACUUGACAGUAGUUCACAGUACUGAUGUGUUCAUCCUGUAACUGGAUGUUGUUGGAACAUAAUCUUAUGUAUAGGAAAAGGACAUUUGUAGUCAUGGCUGGUGUUCAGACUGACUUGUUGUGAAUUGUUAUAGCUGAGUGACCUAGUAUUUAUAUGUAAAUAGUCACCCUUUAUGCAGUUAUUAAGAGUAUACUGUAAUAAAGAAAUAAUAAUGAAUUGA